UACGUGGACAGGAAGCAGAGCGAGGAGGCUGACUGCGGUGGAUGGAAAGGAGGACGAGGACGAAAGGGAGGGAAAGGAAAAAGAGGACACACGCUUUUGUUUUUUUUUGUGUGUGUAUGUCAUCACUUUGACGUCACAUCUCAGGUUGGAGGAGGAGGGAUGCAAGAGAGAGAUAGCAGAAGGGAGGAAGAGCUCCUCGCAGCAUCUUGGAACCAUCCUCACAUGGCGAUGACAGAAUUUAACAUCAUUGGGGAUACAUGACGGAAAGCAAUUGAGCGCUCCUUUUCUUUUUCUUUUUUUUAGCAUGUCAACAGUUUAAUUAAAAAUCCACUGUGAGAGUGUGAAGAUGAGUGUGCCCAUGCUGAAAAUCGGUGCUGUGCUGAGCACCAUGGCCAUGGUCACCAACUGGAUGUCCCAGACACUACCAUCGCUGGUGGGACUCAACGGGACGGCCGUCGGCGUCUCCCCUGAUGGAACACAUGAACGUAUCGUCAGCGGUUUGUAUCCUGGCUCCGAGGAGGCUUGGCAGGUAUACAGCACCGCGUCGGACCCGGACGGGCUGUGUGUGUGUGCAGUGGUCGCUCCCGCCCGGAACCUUUGCAAAAGAGACCCCCGUAGUCACCAGCUUAGUCUACUGACUCUACAGGUACAGAACGUGAGUCAGACCAUGGAUGGGGUACACCUUCGGACCUCCAGGGACCUGCGACACUUCCGCGAGUCAGAACCACUCCUGCGAGGUGUGGAUGGACGUCUGCACUCCUAUGCCAGCAGUCCCCGCGCUCUGACAUCCAAGAGUCUACAGGAGCUAAGGGGUCAGGUGACUCAGCUCCAGCCCCUUUUGUCCACGGCCGAUCAGUACCGGUCCGACGUUCAGACGCUGGUCUCUCUGCGAGGCGAACUGCAGAACCUGUCUGUGGUCCUGACAGCCAUCCAGGAGGAAAUCGGCGCAUACGACUACGAGGAGCUUCAGAGGAGAGUUGUGCUGCUGGAGACCAGACUGCACAGCUGCAUGAACAAACUAGGUUGCGGUCGGCUGACAGCUGUCAAUGGUCCCAUCACCAUCAGGGCGUCCGGGUCCCGCUUUGGUUCCUGGAUGACUGACGCCAUGAUUCCCAGCUCUGACAGCAGGGUGUGGUCUAUGGACGGCUUCUACAGGGGCCGGCGUGUGCUUGAGUACCGGACCAUGGCCGACUUUACCAAGGGUCAGAAUUUCGUGCAGCACCUGCUGCCGCACGCCUGGGCCGGCACGGGCCACGUAGUUUACAACGGUUCACUCUACUACAACAAGCAUCAGAGUAACAUCCUGGUACAGUACCACUUCCGUUCUCGUAGCGUGCUGUUGCAGCGUAGCCUUAGUGGUGCGGGCUACAACAAUACAUUCCCAUAUAGCUGGGGAGGAUCCUCCGACAUCGACCUCAUGGCUGACGAGACAGGCUUGUGGGCCGUCUACACAUCCAUACCCAAUGCCGGAAACAUCGUGGUAAGCCGCCUAUGUCCGCGCUCCCUAGAUGUGCUUCGUACCUGGUCCACGGGCUUCCCUAAACGUAGCGCGGGCGAGGCCUUCAUGAUCUGCGGCGUCCUCUAUGUCACCAACUCACACCUAGCCGGAGCCAAGGUCCACUUUGCCUACAACACCAACACGUCCACUUACGAGUACACGGACGUGCCCUUCCACAAUCUCUACUCGCACAUCAGCAUGAUGGACUACAAUCCUCGAGAGAGGGCACUCUACACCUGGAACAAUGGACACCAGGUGCUCUACAACGUCACGCUCUUUCACGUCAUACGCACUGACGGGUAGAUCGGAAAGGAAACACCAACAUGAUUGAGUUUGUCUGAUUUGUGGUGGAUGUGUUUCGUCCGCAUGGUUUUGUUCCUAUAAUAAAUGUAAACAAACGUCACGCCUCUCUAUUCUUCUUUUUUUUUCAUGAUUUUGUUUUCUGAGCUGCUUAAUUAUGAAUCACGGCCAACUGGAAAAUAUUUUUUUAGGGGGGUUCUAUUCAACCUAUGCGGCUGUAUCAAUGUCAUCUUUUCAUUAAUUUCAUCUUCUCGAUUAUCCCCUGGCUUUUCGUCCCCCACCGUCCCGGUCAUCCUGCUAAAUAAUGCACCUCCACUAAAAGAGACUGCAGGAGCAGUAGAUGGUGGAACAAAAGAAAAUUAAACACAAUACAGCCUCAUAUUUAUCGGCUAUAGGCUGUCCUUGUUAAUAUUUAACCAUCAGAGAGGACCACCUUGUUGAAUCUAUUUAUAGCCAACGUGGCGAGCCAGCAACUUGUUUAAAACACAUAUUUAUAUGCAGUGCGCGCACACACACACACAGACACUGUGGCUUUUCUGCAACAGCAGAAUUUGUCCAAUUAAGCUGAAUUGAAACUGAUUCCUCGAUGGAAUUUCUGGUGGGAGGGGCUAGAUAAAAUAGAGGAGAGAGUUGCAAUUACAUGAGACGAACCCCAUGUUCCAUUUGGGGUCCCUCGCGUUCACAGAAAUUUAUUCUUGCAGAAUCUUCCAGAAUGCCCAGCAACGCUCUUUUGCGUGGGUACCACCCACUCACCAAAUGCACAAUAAAUGGGUUUGUUGACAUUACUCUACACGUGUAGUGUGAAAAGGCCCUAAGCAUGGUGCACGUGUGUUUAGGUGCUUGCAGAGAUAGUUCAUACUAAUGUGCGUCUCUUCCGGACCAAACGCCCAUAUCCUGUGUGCCCAACUGAGAAACAAUCUGGCUACAUGAAUGCAUACCCACACACACAAAUACACACAUCCAUUGCAAAGCUUGUGUUUGAGUUAUAGCUUUGUCGCAAGAUAAUGUGUGAAUUAGAGCAUGCUUGUGUGUUGGGUUCUCUUUUUCAUUCCUCCAUUCAUGUUUUUCCUCUCCUGUCAUUUAAUUUCUUUUCCUUUUGUUCAGUUUCUAUCCUGUCUAACUGUCCCUCAUUCUUUCUUUUUCCUGCUUUUCUUUUCCUUCCUUUCCCAUCCCACGUCCUUUACUUUCUUUUACUUUCUCCUGGCCAUCUCCUUUUCAACUUUUUUUCAUGUCCUAUUUUCAUUUUUUCCUUUUAUAUGUACUCCUUUCUUCUGUUUUCCCAUCUCCUUAUUCUUUUUCAGCUUUUACCCAUUCUAUUUUCUCUCUAUUCCUUCCAGUUUCAUACAGUGUAUCACAAAAGUGAGUAG